UGCUGGCAUUUAUAAAGAGACUGGAGGGCUAACUCCCUUAGAUUGUUCGCAAUUAUCUCGUGGUACGCAGUUGCAGAGCUCGUAUCUCGAUUUGCUUUACGUGCUCUCGCUUAUCUGUCACAAAUCAUCAUUGUUUUCGCUGUCUGAAGUUUCGAAUAUAACCGAAAUGCCGAUCGAUUUUUAUCAACUUCCCGGAAGCGCUCCAUGCCGCGGUGUUGCAUUGGCGGCUGCCGCCCUUGGUGUCAAAAUGAACUUCAAAGAAGUGGAUUUGAUGAAAGGGGAACAUAUGAAACCAGAAUAUUUGAAGAUGAACCCACAACACACGAUACCAACAAUUGACGACAACGGUUUCUACUUAUGGGAAAGUCGAGCUAUUAUGACAUACUUAGCUGAUCAAUACGGCAAGAACGACUCAUUAUACCCAAAGGAUCCGAAAAAACGUGCAGUCGUAAACCAAAGAUUGUAUUUCGACGCGUGUACCUUGUAUAAAGCAUUUUCAGAUUACUUCUACCCUAUGAUUUUCGCCAAAGCCCCUAAGGACCAAACGAAAUUCGAAAGUAUUGGCACGGCCCUUUCGUUCCUUGAUCAAUUCCUCGAAGGACAAAACUAUGUUGCCGGAAGCAACAUGACACUUGCUGACCUUAGCCUUACAGCCACCAUUUCUACAUUAGAGGUUCUCGACUACGACUUGAGCAAAUACAAGAAUGUUACCAGGUGGUUUGCAAAGAUGAAGUCAGAAGCACCGAAAUACGAAGAAUACAACAACGCUGGAGUAAAGGCAUUCAAAGCUAUGGUGGAUAGUAUGACGAAGCAAUGAACAAUGAAGUGUGAUAAUACCAUACGAAACUAACGUCAGAGUCAUAUUAUUAAUUUCGUUCACAAUU